UGCCCGCAUCUGCCCAUCCGCCAUCCACGAAACCGACGACACCCACGCCAGAGCUGUUCCGGCGCACCCACGCACCCUCGAAGCUUCUUAUCGCCGUGAACAGCGCCCAGGGCUAGCAAGGUGGCUAUCCCUUGCCAAUAGCGAACAAUGGCGUACCGCGUCAUCACCCAGGUCGUCCUCAUCGGGUCGCGCGUGCUUGGGCGCGCGUUCGCCGAGGCGUACAAGCAGGCAUCGGCGUCGAGCCAGUACCAGCGCGCGCAGGCCAAGAACCCCAACGCCGUCAACUCGACGGGCCGCGCCAACCUCAACACGGGCAUGACGCUGGACGAGGCCUGCAAGAUCCUCAACGUGAAGCCGGCCACGGACGGCAAGGCCGCUGACAUGGAGGAAGUCAUGGAGCGCUUCAAGCGCCUCUUCGACAGCAACGACCCCGAAAAGGGCGGCUCCUUCUACCUGCAGAGCAAGAUCCUGCGCGCCCGCGAGCGCCUCGAGGCCGAGAUCGGCCCCGCCGUCGAGAAGGCCGAGCAGGAGGCUGAGGUCAAGGCCGGCUGGAACCCCAAGAUUUUCAAGGACAGGUAGUACCGAACCGCCGACGUCUAUGGGGAACUGGGGGGGAGCGU